UUGCCACCGGAAGUUUGGGUGUUCCGUUCCUUUUCUUUUUCUUGCGCGCUGUUGAUUACAUACAAUAAGAAACAACAAUGCCGCCAAAGUUCGAUCCUACUGAAGUUAAAUUAGUUUACCUGAAAUGUGUCGGAGGAGAAGUCGGUGCUACCUCAUCCCUGGCUCCAAAAAUUGGUCCACUCGGUUUGUCCCCAAAAAAAAUUGGUGAUGAUAUCGCUAAGGCCACCCAAGACUGGAAAGGUCUUAAGAUCACAGUGUGCUUGACCAUCCAAAACAGGCAAGCUACAAUUUCCGUUGUCCCAUCGGCCGCUUCCCUCAUCAUCAAGGCUCUUAAGGAACCACCACGUGAUAGGAAGAAGCAGAAGAAUAUUAAACACAGUGGAAAUAUUGCUUUCGAUGAUAUUCUAGCCAUUGCCCGGACGAUGAGACCCCGCUCAAUGGCACGUGAAUUAAAAGGAACCUGCAAAGAGAUCCUUGGUACAGCGCAGAGCGUUGGUUGCACAGUUGAUGGUCGUCCACCACACGACAUUAUCGAGGACAUUGAUAGCGGCGCCAUCGAAUGUCCAGCUGAAUAAAUACAAACACUAAAGUUUUAAAUAAAUUGAAAGAAAAAA